AUGGCCUCCCACCGCAUCGGCGCGCGCGUCGCGGGCCUCUCGCCAGCGCAGCUGUGCGCCAUCAUCGAGGCGCAGGCGGGUGCGAGCGACGCCGCGCUGCGCGUGGCGGAGGAGCACGCCGCUCGGCUCGUGGAGCAGCCCGAGUGGGUCCUCUCCGAGGUCCUCCUCUCGCCGGACCUCGCCCCGCACAUCCUCGCCCAGCUGCCGACCACGGAGCACGCCGCCAAGGGGACGUGCCGCGCGUGGCGCCGCGGCUGGAAGGAGACGCUGAAGAAGCGCGAGAGGCCGCGCAUGGCCGCGCAAAGCAUUACAAGAGAAUUUCACAACAAAAGGCUCUCGCACAAGUGA